AUGCUCCUGAUAGAUCAAGACACCGAGGUCAACGCAAGUAACUCAUCUGGGAGGACACCCCUUUUUCGGGCCUCAUGGAGAGGUUAUGAGACCGUGACAAGGUUGCUUAUCAAGAGAGGAGCUUCUGUCAAUGCCAGUAAGAAAGAUAGGCGGACACCGCUUUCUGAGGCUUCACGGGAUGGCCAUCAGACAGUGGGAAGGCUCUUUAUUGAGAGGGGAGCUGAUGUACACGCCAGCGACUUAUAA